GGGUUGAAAACAGAUCAGCAGCUUGAAGAUCUCAACACCACCGCAUGUCUCUGCAACAACUGCCGAGUGAAGCCAAACCGCUUUGAGUCCCAAACUUUUUUUAUGAGUAAGAAAAAAAAAAGAAGCAGAUAUUUUACACACCAUGUUAGUUUGCUGAAGACGCGCGCACAGCACGCACGCAAAGAGCGCACCUCCGAGGAGAAGAUGGAUUGUAAGAAAAAGUUAGACGCGACUUCUGCUCCGCACUGAGACUCUCUCUCUCUCUCUCUGUCUCUCUCUCUCUCUCUCCGGAGGUAGAAGAAGAGGAGGAGGAGGAGGAGGAGGAGGUAAUGCCGAGCAGCAGACUUUGCGUGCUCCAAAACUUUUCCUAACUCGGUUCAUGGAGUUUCGCGUCAAGUCCGGAGAGGCUCGUAUGCGCGGUUCGCGUUCAAUGGUGGUGCCAGCUUAGUCCCAGUUUACGGGAAUCCGACUCCAGGCAAAGUUUUUCCUCGGACAAAAAAAAGACUUGAGAGAGGAAGAGCUGCUGCGGUUUCGACGGGGGGAAAGAGAAGUGGAGGUUGUGACUGACACUGAAGAGCAGCAUGGAGACCUCCGCUCCAACAGCCACAGAGAAGAAGGAGUGUAAGCCCUCAGGUCUGGAUGGAAGCAGCUUCUCAGAACUCCCCAAAAAGCCCUCACCCACCACUCUGACCAGAGGUGCCCACCACCUCUUCCCUACGUUCCACGCACCUAUCCCGAUCGACAUGAGACACCACGAGGGGCGGUACCAUUAUGAGCCGCACCCACUUCAUGCUAUGCAUGGACCUCCAGGGCUGACGGGCAGUCCAGUCAUCUCAGAUAUUUCCCUGAUCCGUCUAUCGCCCCAUGCAGCGGCUGGAACGGGCGAGUCACCGUUCAGUCCACCACAUCCGUACGUCAGCCCCCACAUGGAGCACUACCUACGCUCGGUGCACGGUAGCCCCACCCUCUCCAUGAUCUCAGCUGCCCGAGGACUGAGCCCCGCUGAAGUGACCCAUGAACACUUGAAGGAACGUGCCCUCUUUAGCCUCCCCCCUCCUCCGCCGGGGGCCAACCCCACAGAGUACUACCACCUGAUGGCCAGCGCCAGUCAGCGAAGCCCCUAUGGUGACCUGCUGGUGCAGAGCGGGGCAGCGGCCGCCGCCGCAGCUGCAGCCGCAGCAGCAGCGGCAGCAGCUCAUCUACCUGAUUACAUCAGCCCCAUGGAUGUGUCACGUUUCUCCAGCCCACGGCUGACGCCCCGGCUGAGCAGGAAGAGAGCGCUGUCCAUUUCCCCUCUGUCAGAUGCCAGCAUCGACCUGCAGACCAUGAUCCGCACCUCGCCCAACUCCCUCGUGGCCUACAUCAACAACUCCCGCUCCAGCUCAGCUGCCAGCAGCUCCUACGGGCAUCUUUCAGUCGGAGGUAUCAGCCCCUCGUUCAGUUUCCCUCAUCCCAUCAACCCAGUGGCGUACCAGCAGCUGUUGUCCCAGCAGAGGGGUCUCAACGCCUUUGGCCACACACCGCCUCUUAUUCAACCGUCGCCAUCCUCCUUUUCUGCUCGCCAGCACCCACUCACCGCGUCGCCCAUGACCACCUCCCAUAACAGCUCCAACUCUGAGGCAAACCAGAAUGCCGGUGGAGACCCAGCAGUGAGCAGCACAGUCAACCCACUGACCACCAAGAGGUCAAAGGUCAAGACGGAAGCAGAAGGUCCGCUGCCCAUCUCGCCAACCUCUCAGGAUCACGGUGGAGGGAUCUUGGACUUGAGUGAGGAUCUGGACAAAGACGAGUGCAAGCAGGAGCCUGAGGCCAUAUAUGAGACAAACUGCCACUGGGAGGGCUGCACCAAGGAGUAUGACACCCAGGACCAGCUCGUCCAUCACAUCAACAACGACCACAUCCAUGGUGAGAAAAAGGAGUUUGUUUGUCGCUGGGACGAGUGUUCGCGGGAGCAGAAGCCCUUCAAGGCUCAGUACAUGCUGGUGGUCCACAUGAGGCGACACACAGGGGAGAAGCCACAUAAAUGCACAUUUGAGGGCUGCUCCAAAGCUUACUCUCGUCUGGAGAACCUCAAGACCCACCUCAGGUCCCACACCGGAGAGAAGCCGUAUGUGUGUGAACACGAAGGCUGCAACAAGGCCUUCUCCAACGCCUCAGACCGGGCCAAGCACCAGAACCGCACACACUCAAACGAGAAACCAUAUGUGUGUAAGAUCCCUGGGUGCACCAAGCGCUACACGGACCCCAGCUCUCUCAGGAAGCAUGUCAAGACAGUCCACGGACCAGAGGCCCACGUCACCAAGAAGCAACGCAGCGACGCUCCUCCACGACAGCAGCCACCCAAAGGCAACGGCGAGAACGAGGCCAAUUCCAAGCACGGUGCAAGAGGCACGGAUGGCAAGAUGGAGGCAAACAGCACCUCCAGAGGAGUGGAGGACUGCCUACAAAUCAAGUCUAUCAAGACAGAGAGCUCUAUGACGUAUCAGUCCAGUCCUGGCGGCCACUCGUCAUGUAGCAGCGAGCCGUCACCUCUCGGCAGCGCCAACAACAACGACAGUGGGGUAGAGAUGGCCAUGCACAGCGGGGGCAGCUUCGGGGACCUCACCGCACAGGAUGAGUGCCCCAUGGUUGACUCCACUGUUCCCGCUGGGGGACAGCAUGGUGGGGUGGGGCUUCAGUUGAGGAAAGCUGCAGGUCACGGUGGAGGGGUCACCAUCAAGCUGGAAAACAUCAAAAAGGAAAGGCUGAAGACAGUGAGGGACUCCUGCCCCUGGGUCAACUCCGCACCACAGCCACUACAGGGCCAACGCAGCAGCAUGAAGCUUCCUCCCAUACCUGCAGUCGGUUCCCUGCUGGAGAGCUCCAACAUGAUUAGUAACCUAAGUGGUCUGCACCCCAGUCAACGCAUGGGUGACCUGUCUUCAUGUGAAAUAACGCUGCUGAACCAGCUGAAUGAGCGGCGUGACAGCACCACCAGCACCAUGAGCUCAGCCUACACCUUGAGUCGCCGCUCUUCCGGUAUUUCACCCUGCUAUUCCAGUCGUCGCUCCAGCGAGGCGUCUCAGUUUGGCGCUAACCGCCACAACAACAUCAGCUCGGCCGACUCCUACGACCCGAUCUCCACUGACCUGUCUCGCCGGUCGAGUGAGGCCAGCCACUGUGGAGGUGGUGGUGUCAGUGGUGGAGGUGGAGGAGGUCUCCCAAGCCUCCUCAGUCUGACACCAGCUCAGCAUUAUCGGCUCAAGGCAAAGUACGCUGCUGCCAUUGGUGGAGCUCCACCCACACCUCUCCCCAAUAUGGAUCGAAUGAGCCUGAGGACCCGCAUGGCCUUGUACAGUGACUCCCAGGAGGGCUCAUCGCAUCCGUUCCAUCAGCCACCCUGUGGAACUGCACCCCGGCGCUGCAGUGACACUGGGUAUGGCACUCAGAGCAUGAUGCCCCAUGAGGUACCCACCAACCUUCCACGCCGUGCCAGUGACCCAGUGCGUCGUCCCACUGACCAUCUCUCCUUUCCAAGGGUGCAGCGCUAUAACAGCAUGAACAGCAUGAACCCCAUGAAUGGUCCAUCUGCUUCAGAACACCACCAGGCUCUGGCUAUGCAGGGCUACACUCGCUCUGAUGGCAGCCUGCAACGCUACCCAUUUGCCCCCAGACCACCUAGCAUCUCUGAGAACGUAGCCAUGGAGAACAUGGCAGUAGAUGGGAUGAUGACUGGGGGGGAGCAAAGUGGGGAGGAUGAUAUGGUGCUCCCAGAUGAUGUGGUGCAGUACCUCAGGUCCCAGAACUCUGGCCCGUCAGGUCACACCUCGGGGCAAGUGGACUAUCAUCCUAACAAUCAGACUCAGGGCUACCAGACAGGCAUGGCCCCAGCAGCAUCAUUUUACGCGCAGAGGAGAAUGGCCAUGGUGGACGCCACCAUGACUCAGUCUGGCCAGGAUCUGACAUUCUCAGCACCAUCAGACAACAUGAACAAGAAUAACAUGCCGGUGCAGUGGAAUGAGGUGAGCUCAGGGACUGUGGACACCACAACCAAGCUCUCCAGACAGCAGCAGCAUCCUCUCAGGGGGAACCUUGCUGUCGUUCAGCAUAGGCACAAUUUAGGAUCCUUCCAGGCACAAGGUCAAGGCCUGGGCAGCAACCAGCAGGUUGUGCCUAUGAGUCAGAAUAUGACUAUGCAGGGGUACGCAAACCACAACAGCCAGAGGCUGAUGAACAUUACCCACCAGCAGAAUCAGCAACAGAGGCAAUGCAACAAUGUGAACUUUAGUGAGCACAUGAGUCCUCAGCAAGGGUAUGGCCAAGAGGCAAUCCCUAACUCUAUGGCUGGGAGCACUAGUGUGAGAUCUACCCGCAACAGUAUGGCAGAUCCUGAACUGCAAAGUUACAGAGCAAGGACACAGGCUGAUGAGUAUUCUCAUGUGAAUCAAGUGGAUCAGCAGCAGAAUUACAAUGUUCUCUCCCAGCAGCAGCAGCACAACAUCCAUACCGGAGGCAGAGGAAUGUUACAACCCCGGCCCCCCACAGAGCCCAAGUCUAUAACCAGACAACUCACAGGGUCUGGCAUGAUGCAGCCAAGCAGAAUACCCAAGCCAACUGAUCUGAGCCACAGUCAUGGUAAUGACACCUCAGAGGCGAGCCCAAAGAGGCCCAGUGGGUCAGUGGCCCACAACAGCAACUCUGAAAAUGCGAACUCUGCCGUGUUCUACACAGGUCAGAUUCAUGUGUUUGAGCCAACUUCUGUCAGCUUUGAUACCCCCAUGUCCCCCUGUGUCAGCCAGGCUCCUGCCAGCAGCAACACUGCAGCAGCCAACAUGGCCUCCCCAGGAGUCAACCAAGUCUCCAGCAGUACAGUGGAUUCUUCCACUGGUGGAUCUGGUGGCACAGAACAUGCCCAGAUUGACUUUGACACCAUGCUUGAUGAUGGAGACCACUCCAGCCUAAUGUCGGGCACCCUAAGUCCUGGCCUUCUGCAGAGUCUCUCCCAGAGUUCCUCACGUCUGACCACCCCUCGCAACUCCGUUACCCUUGCGUCUGUACCGGCAGGGAUUGGCAACAUGGCUAUUGGUGACAUGAACUCCAUGCUCACAGCUUUGGCAGAAGAAAGUAAGUUUCUCAAUAUGAUAAGCUGAGAGCAAUCAAACCUCAUCACCAACCCAUUCUUACCAUUUGUACAUCAGGAAUUUAUGGACUACACGAGAAAGCACUGAUUGAACAAUGCAAAACUGGUUAUUUCAUACAUUUUUGUCUUUAUUGGCCAUAGUAAUAUGCUCAUCUUGUAAUAUUUGCUUCAGAUUAUAAUAUGUUACAUUAAAAUUGAAUAGUAAGUAUAGCUAGGGUUAAGGACCAUUUUCUAUCAUCAUUUGUUAAAAAGCCAUAAUUUUUAGCUACACAUAUAUGAUAGCCCAGGGUAUAUGAAUGCAUCUACAAACAACUGCCAUUCAGUAUUUGCUGGUGUCAAAGCCCUUUACAAAGUGGUGCACUGAGAGCAGUUCACAUAGUGCCUUGCUGAGGACUGAGCGUGACAUGACAGUUACCAGGAAAUGGACACGACAUGUAGAUAUCAGAUAAUAUUUUCUCAUGAAGACCUUUAUGUGUAUAGAUUAUAAUGUAUGGUACUUGCUUUAAGUUAUGCUAUAGACGUUUGAUGUUUGAACUAGGGCUGUCAAAGGUACAGUAUCAUAUCAACACCUACUAUUAAUUCACAAAGGAUAAUGAAUGAUUUUUUUAAUUUGAUUUUUUUAAUGACAUCAAUAACAUUUUUGUUUGUUUUUUUUCUUGAGAAUUGUAAAACAUAUUCUCACAAGGCUAAGCAAUAGUUUGCUGUAGCCUCUGUGUGCACAGCUCAAAGGGACUUGCAGUGCUAGCCUUGAACUUACAAUAUAAAAAAGAAAUGAAAAUUAAUAAGAAAGAUUAACUUUUCAUUUGUGACCAGGUUUAAAACUAUCACAUGAUUUAGAAGGACAGCUAUAGUUACAUAUGUAAUUUCAUAUCACAGAACAACUGUGUCCACCAAACCUGCUGGUGCUUAAAUCAGUAAAGGUCCCAUAUUGUGUUUUGUUUAAAGUGUUGAUCCAUAAGAAGAUAUAUUUGUGGUUUUGAAAAACCAUCUCAGUGUAGUUUAACAUCUCCUCUCUCAGGCAUCUCUCUGGAGCUCUAGUAACAACAGGUCGGUCAGCCAAUCAGAAGAGAGGAGGCUCUGAGCUGAGGACAAUGACUGCUUUGUUGUGACAUCACAAAGUUACAGAAGUCCUGAUGGCUGGUUUUAAGGCUGAGUUUCUGAAUACAGACUGUGUGCAUUUCUCUGUGGACUGAGGCUUUGAUACUUUCACAGUAUUAAUAUAGAACCUAGACCUGCUUUAUAAUCAAACAACACAUGGACAUCUGCCUUUAGACUAUACGGGACCUUUAAUAUACAUGCCUAUUAUGAAAAAACUAUUAAUUGUCAUUACAGUUUACAAUAUAUAUACACUUAAUUACUAAGCAAAGAGUUUCAAUUACAGUUAGAUUGUGGAAUAAAGAUUUAUUUUAUUCUGAACAAAUUAUGCUUUUUUAAAAUUUGAUUUAAGUCAAUAUGCAGUAAUUUCAUUCAACCAGACAUUUGUAUUUGUUUGUAAUUAAAAUAAAGCAUUUGACAGCCCUAGUUUAAACACGUGGUUGUACAAAAUCAUAGUCCACAGAUAUUAAUUGCUUUUUGAUCAUGGUCUGAGCUCUUGGGGAUGGCACUGAUGAACACUGAACACAUUUCCUUCUUUGCCCUCUGGAUCAGAGGCACUAACUCUCCAUGGUCCCAUCUCACAAGGGUAAAUAAUUGGAAAGGACAAGGAUAUGCCUCUGUGUUAGUCUAUCAGGGCACAUGAACCCCUGUGUCUGAUGAAGAGCAUUCUCUAAAAGAAUAUACAAGUACCUCUGUGUGUUGUCAGCAGAGAUCCAACCCUAAUUAACGCAUUCAUACCGCCUCCCCUCACUGCACCCUAUACCUCCCCUGGGUUCUGGAUGAACUGCAGAGAGCCCAAGAAGGAACUCCGACUUUGAUAAUGAAAUCCUGCUUCUGACAGGAUUGGUGAACUAGCCCUCCGAAUUCCUCAGUUUUAUUAUGUUUGCUGAAUUUCUAAGUAGCCUUUCAAAUGUUUGUGUGUAUGCUCCCGUUCACUUUUACUAUGCUCAAUGUGUGUGGGUUUGUAUGAGUGUGUAUAUAGCUUUUGUACAUUUCAAAUAAACUAUCUCCUUUUUUCUG